CAAUGCUAUUGAAUUUAUGAAUCAAUUUAUUACUUCCUGACCCUGCAUUGUAUGCUUGUUGCUUUCCAAUUUUGCUAUUAUUCUUUUUUCCAGGCUGAGGAAAAGAUGCGGGUAGUUCAUGACAGAAAAUGUAAAAAGCUGAAGCGUUUGGAUGAAAGAGGUGCUGAGGCUCAUAAGGUUGAUUCUACGCGUAGCUUAAUAAAAAGUCUAUCAACAAAAAUGAGAAUUGCAAUUCAAGUCGUUGACAAGAUUUCAGAGACCAUAAAUAAGAUUAGGGAUGAAGAGCUAUGGUCACAGCUAAAUGAAUUAAUUCAAGGGUUAACUAGGAUGUGGCAAGGUAUGCUUGAGUGCCAUCAUACUCAGUCCCAAGCUGUGAGAGAAGCCAGAAAUUUAGGUCGCCUUGGUAGCAGCAGGAAGUUGAGUGAUGCUCACCUUGAAGCCACUUUGCAGCUUGAACAUGAGCUUCUAAACUGGACUUUUAGGUUCUCCAGUUGGAUAGGAGCUCACAAAGGUUAUGUGAGAGCCCUGAAUAACUGGCUUAUGAAAUGUCUUCUUAAUGAGCCAGAAGAGACAGAAGAUGGCAGACCACCCCUUUCACCUGGUAGGAUAGGAGCGCCCCCAGUGUUUGUGAUAUGUAAUCAGUGGUCUCAAGCUUUAGACAGGAUAUCUGAGAAGGAAGUGGUUCAGUCCAUGCGCAUUUUUGCCAUGAGUGUGUUUCAGCUCUGGGAACAUGACAAGCUUGCAAUGCGGGAAAGGAUGAUGGCAAACAAUGAUUUGGAGAGGAAGUAAGGAACUUGGAUAGGGAGGAUCAGCGCAUACAAAAGGAGAUUCAAAUGCUCGAUAAAAAAAUAAUUCUGGCUGAUGGGGGUAACAGUCUUUCGGUAUCUGGACAUGCUGUAUUUCAAAGUGACACUAGCAGUGGUAAUCUGCAGGGGAAUUGCAACGUAUUUUUGAGGCCAUGGAGAGAUUCACAGCUGACUCCAUGAAAGCAUACGAGGAACUCUUGCAACGCAGUGAAGAAGAAAUGCAUGCGCAAGAAAGUGAGAGUGAUUCAUAGGGCUUUGUAUCUAAAUGCUUUCUCAGUAUCUUCAGCUUGUAGUGUCAUCAAGAAAUUCUGGACUCCGAGGAUGUUUACCGUGCUGCAUCACAAUGUUCCAGAAAGCAGGCUUGGUCGAAUAUAUGUGAACUACCCACUGAUUAAGCCCCAUUAUGAACUGCUCAGCUGGGUGCCUGUCUUUUGCCUGGAGAAAGUCUGUUGUGCCUAGUACAAAAUGUUGUGUACCAACUCAGGAGUGUAAAAGAUCUCGUGUCAAAACUAGCGCAUUGGUGAUGGUGAAGGUGAAGCACUUAUUUGUUUGAUGAUGCAGAUACUGAAGCCGAUACUGGGUUACUCGGCCAAGCUUGCACAUCAUGCCCACAAAUAAGUCAUUCCUGACUCAAACCGUGGCCCUGAAGCGAUUGUGCUUGGUCUAAAGAGGUUUGAGAUCCUGCUUCUGCAGAUGAAAAGGUUGCAGGGAAAGUGAGAAACUCAUCAUCAAAACUUCACAGGAUAAGCAGAUUUCUUCCAAGUUUUGUAGGUUAAUUGGGCUGACGCAAGUCAUCGAUUAGCCCAAAUAUCUGAUGUUGUAUAAUAGAAUAAUACUAGGAUUUGAGAAUUUCAAAUGUGUGAACGAUUGUAAAAAGAAACAUUAUAUACAUCUUUCCACCUCAAAACUCGGUAUAUAUUAUGGGCACUAUUUUGUUUUUC